GGAAUGAUUGAUUUAUCAGUGUUUACAAGAAGCAAUGUGUUCAGAAAAGUAAUACAAACUGUCAAGCACAUUAUGCUCUGUUUGGUUUUGUUAAUGACUUUGUUCUGUACUGGAGCUUACUAUUACUGUUAUCUAUUGAAUCAAAGCAUAUUAAAAUGUGCUUGAACAAUUUUAUCACUUCUUAAUAAUGUUUGUACUGGAAGAGAGAAUGGGAGGGGGUCGUCAAAAAUUUGACUGGUAAAAAAAAGGGGUCCCUUUGGAAAAAGGUUGGGAACCACUGAGCUAAGUUAUAGGCUCUGCAGACAUUGAUCACUCUGUGUUGAGUCGUUGGAGUCAAAACUCUGACUGAUGUGUUGCUUUUUGAGAUCUUUUACCUGUUUGACAGGUUUUAUAAAUCCACUGGUCUGGCAGUAAUCCGGUCAGGCUGAGGCUGAUGAAACAGUCCAGCUUUCCAAAUCAUUCAUGAUUCAACAAGGGAGGUAAUUAAGUGGUUUGAUUGUUUUUUCCACCUUAAUAGAUGAAAUAAUCCUUUUAGUCUUUUGUUAACGGAUCUGAAACAUUUAAAGCACGAAACAAGUGGGGUUUUUAUCUUUAAAAACGGAAACGUUCCGUAAACAAGAUGUGUGACAUCACACCGGCUGAGCCAAUCAGAUCACAUCACUGCUGUGUCGAACAGGGAGGAAUAUUUCAGCUGCGCUUUAAAGCACCAACCUUCAACACAAGGAUCCAGAAUCAGAUGUCAAAGAGGCUGCAGCAGAACGUCAAAGCGGAGAUGUUUGAGCUGGAGGCGCGUUAAGAGCUGCUGAUGGGAAAUUCACCUAUGAGCUGCAUGAAGGAGGAAACCAGAGCGAAGAGCCGCGUUAAUAAAUAAUUUACAGACCAUGAACUAUGUUGGUCAACUGGCGGGCCAGGUGUUCGUGCAGGUCAAGGAGCUGUACAGAGGACUCAACCCUGCAACGCUGUCAGGAUGUAUAGACGUCAUUGUGGUCCGGCAGCCCGACGGCUCGCUGCAGUGCUCCCCGUUUCACGUCCGCUUCGGAAAAAUGGGAGUGCUGCGUUCCCGUGAGAAAGUGGUGGACAUAGAGAUUAAUGGAGAGCCGGUGAGCUUGCACAUGAAGCUGGGAGAGAAUGGAGAGGCUUUCUUUGUCAAAGAGACAGAGGACAAAAUGGAAGUGGUUCCUUCCUACCUUGCUACAUCUCCCAUCUUGUCAGCGGGGGAAGAGUUAAUGCAGUCCAAGCUGGACAGCACGGCUUGCAGCUCGCUCUCUAUCCAGAAUCUUGGACCUCAACUUGGGGAUGGAGGGAUGACCAAGAAGAGAAGGAAGAGGAGGAGGAAAGCGAGGCCAGAGGGAGGUGGAAGAUCAGGAGGAUCAGGAGGGAGGAGAGAAGAGAGUGGAGAAGAGUUCUCAGAAGAUGAAGACAUGUUUACUAUUGAUCUGAGCUCAGAUGAUGAGAAGGAGGGGGACGGCAUCAGUGCACAUAAGGAGACUCUAUCCAUCCUUCCAUCCUAUGGUCUGUCCAUCUCUUGUCCGCAGCAAGCCUCUCAGUUCUCUUCACUUGUCGGCAGCCCAGGUGAUUCUGGUCCACCAUCACCCAAGAGUGACUCGGAGCUGAUCAGUCAGACUAAUCCUGAAAUCCAGUGGACCUGGGGGGAGCUUCCGCAUGCUACCCAGCCAGACGUCUUGGCGUCCAUCCAGAAGCAGGAAGUGGUCUCCAUCCCGGUGAGCACCAACACUCACUUCCGAGCCAUCAGUGACCCCGGGGCUCUUUCUGUCACUCGUAGUAGCUCCGAACCCGGAGAGCCCUCCCUUCUCAAAGGGGACAAGAACUCUGAGGAGAACAAGGGUGGCACCAGCAUGGAGCAAACUAAUGCUGAGCACGUCAGGACACUUCACGUAGAGAUGGACGGUGCAGUAGAGUGUUCAGUGUCCCCAAAUAUUCUUCCAGAUCAUCUGAAUGAAAACAUGAGCGGAGGAAGUCCGAUCAGACGGACUGACUCACCUUCCAAGAGGAAAGAAAAGCGAAGCCAGCACCUUGGAGCUGACGGUGUUUAUCUGGAUGAUCUUACAGAGCUGGAGCCCGAAGUUGCUGCUCUUUACUUCCCUAAAAGUGAUGGAAGAAGGAGCUCAAUAAGGGGGAACUCAGAGAUGAUGAUGGUGGAUGUGAGGAGCAAUAACCAGUCCCCUCAGUCCAUGGGUAGCAGCGGGGUGGACAGCGGCGUGGACAGUUACGUGGACCAGAUCAGCGACCAGCCUCAUGUGGCCAUCUCUCUGUGUGGAGGACUCACAGACAACAAGGAGAUCACCAGAGAACAGUUCCUGGAGAGAGCUAUCUCCUACCAACAGUUCUCUGAGAACCCUUCCAUUAUCGAUGACCCAAACCUAGUGGUGAAGAUAGGAAACAAGUAUUACAACUGGAGCACAGCAGCUCCUGUCAUGUUGGCCAUGCAGGUCUACCAGAAACCCCUGCCACAGUCUUGGUGUUUGAGUUACGUGUUUUCCGUUUUCGGCCUCUUCUCUUAUUGCCUCCCUGGUCUGUUCAGCUCCAGCUCCUCCCAGCCUGAGUCAGUGGAGAACAUCAUUAAGGAGAAGAUGCCAAAGAAAGGAGGGCGUUGGUGGUUCUCAUGGAGGAGCAGGAACAGUGAUUCUAAGUCGGAGGUGACUGAUGCUGCGGGAGACAUGGAAGAGGCGUCUAUCACUAUGACCCCAGAAAACAGGUUGAAGGAUGAGUCCUCCUCAAGUGAUGAGGAACCCCGAUCAACCAAUCAGGUGGCAGUAUCCUGUCAGACUGAGAUGCUUUUGAGCGCUAGCAGCAUCUGUUAUAAGAAGACUCUUCGGCUGACUUCAGAUCAGCUGGCUAGCCUGCAGCUAAAGGAAGGUCCUAAUGAGGUGGUGUUCAGCGUGACCACCCAGUACCAAGGCACUUGUCGCUGCCACGGCACAAUCUAUCUCUGGAGCUGGGAUGACAAAAUAAUCAUCUCAGACAUAGAUGGAACCAUCACCAGGUCCGACACUCUUGGGCACAUCCUUCCUACGCUGGGUAAAGACUGGACCCAUCAGGGGAUUGCACGGCUCUACCACAAAGUCAGCCAGAAUGGAUAUAAAUUCAUGUACUGCUCAGCAAGGGCCAUUGGUAUGGCUGGGAUGACUAGAGGCUACCUGCACUGGAUCAAUGAGAGCGGGACCAUGCUGCCGAUGGGCCCGGUGCUGCUCAGCCCCAGCAGCCUUUUUUCUGCUUUUCACAGGGAGGUGAUUGAGAAGAAACCAGAGAAGUUUAAGAUCGAGUGUCUCACAGACAUCAAGCACCUUUUCUACCCAAACAUGGAACCGUUCUACGCUGCCUUUGGCAACAGAGCUACGGAUGUGUAUUCCUAUAAGGAAGUGGGAAUUCCUCUGAACAGGAUUUUCACUGUCAAUCCCAAAGGGGAGCUGAUUCAAGAGCACGCCAAAACCAACAUUUCCUCGUUUGGGCGCUUGUGCGACAUGGUUGACCACGUCUUCCCAGUCAUGGUUGAGCAUGAGGACUCUUCGCUGGACAUCCCUCGUUCUGGCUCUUUUGAUCAUUGCCACCACUGGAGCAAAGAUUUUCCUGAUGACAGUAAUCAGGACGAAGAGCUGCAGCCUUUUGAAACAAGCUGAACACAUGAAGAUGGAUGCAGUCCAGCUUCUGACCUCAUCACUGGCUGUUGUCUAGCUCGUUGUGCAGCUGGCAGCCUGGUUACGAAGAGGAGCAGCCAUCAAACUGUUCCUCAACAUAGAAAUGAAGGCAGUGCCUAAUGUUAAAGACUAUUUAUGCAGAGGAAGUGAAUGUAUUUCCAGAUUGCCACAUCAACACAUGACUGUGUAAAAAAAACAAGAAGAACAAAAAUAUUGAUGAGACACAAAAAAAGUAAGGGAGAGAGAGGCAGAGGACAAAGAUUUCAAAAAGGGCGUUGCAGAGAAAAUAAAAAAAAUGUCCUGACUGACAAAAGAAGCCUGCAUUUAUCACAUUUUUGUAAAUGCACUGAUAUUUUUACAAACUCUGCACUGCAACAUAACAAUCAGUUUACCUCUAAUUAUAAAUAUCUGGUUAUUAUUGUCUUCUAGAUCAUACACCAUCCCCAACUUUGCCCGAGAGUAAUGAUUAAAUAACUGCAUACUUGACUACAGAAUUUAUUAUUAUUAUUAUUAUUUGUGCAGGGUAAUGUGCAGAAACAGGUUGUUUUAAAAUGCCUUGGAAUAUUUACACCUAAUAACGAAUAAAUAAAUCAAAUCAUAGUUGAAUUUAUACAUGCCGUACACGUGCAGAUUUUAAAGUAGAAUAGGAUUUAAGAAGAAUUAACAGAACAUUCUGCUGCAGAACUCCCAGGUGAUGCAAACAAAAGCAGAUAGAAAAACAUCUUCUGUCUGCAGGUCCAGUUGAGUGGAUUCCUGACCGUGCUACUGUGAAACGCGGCCAUGGCACAUUUGUGUUUACUUUUCGUUCUAACUCUUAACGCAGAACAAUGCAAACAGGUGUGGUCUUUGUCAUUUCUCUGGUUUUGAACUUGCAAAUAAAAGAUGUGAGAAUGUAUAAAUGACUAUUGCAGCUAAUGCUUAUCGAUGCAAUUGUUUCAUCAGCAAAGAUGGAAAACCCAUCACCAGGUUUUUCAAUUUCACAGUUUGUGCAAAACUGCUUUUAUUAAGACUCGUUAGAAGAUGUGGGAAAAAUGAAACUUCAUUAUCGUUUGAAUGGGUCAGGGUACAAACUACAAACCGUGUUGUGUUUAAGUGUCAGUAUUGCUGUUGAAUCUAAAGAGGGGAAGAACUUCUAUACAUAACAAAAGCACUAAUUCUGGGACUAUUUGAAGUUACAUUGACUUUUUUAAGCUUUUGUGAUAUUUUGAUUUACUUUUUUUUUUGUUGCCAUAUUGUGUGAAAUCAUUUGCUACUGGUGUUUAUUUGAACGCAUGUGCAGCCACUCUUUUCUGUUCAUUAAGUCACUUCCUCUGUGUUGUAACACCAUGUGACCACUAAUGCAACAGAUCAAUGCACAGUAGGCCCAUUUUUUUAAAAGAUCGUCUGUUUUCUCGUCCAUUCAAUGGAUUUUUAUUGGAGUUUAUUUUUAAAAAGAUUCAUUUGAGUGUGUCCUGUGAUGAAAACCAGUGUACAGUUACCUGAGCCUUCUGACUAAUGAGUUAAACUGUAUUACAAUGCGUGUACAUAUAAUAAGCUGUUGGAUGUCUGGUGCCAUCAUCUGACUGAUUUAACAAAAGGAAAAGUAAUGGAGAAUUUACUCUUUAUUAAGCUCAUAAUUGUUUUUGUUCAUGUGUUUGUAUGGAAAUAAAAGUGGAUGAUUAACUGACACUUUAGGAACGUGUUAAGUAAUACAAUCAGCUUGUUUUCAAAAUGUCAAAACGUAUUUCUUAAAAGUCCAAUAUGUCACUUAACUCUUUCUGUGAAAGAUCAAUAAAAACUUAUUCUGUUGA